AUGCCCCUGGUGCUGGAUGCCCAGAGCGGGGACUGUCCUGCUCCCGGACGACCAGGCCGAAUUCCCUUUGAUGGUGGGCUGCGCUGCCUGUGCUGGAAGAUACUCCUGAACUACCUCCCUUUAGAGAAAGCCUUAUGGAGCUCUUUGUUGAAGAAACAGAGGGAUCUGUAUUCUCAGUUCCUGAAGGAAAUGAUUAUCCAGCCUGGGAUCGCCAAAGCCAACCUAGGUGUUUCAAGGGAAGAUGUGACCUUAGAAGAUCACCCCCUCAAUCCAAAUCCAGACAGUCGGUGGAAUACUUACUUCAAGGAUAACGAAGUCCUUCUCCAGAUAGACAAAGAUGUCAGGAGGCUGUACCCUGACAUGGCAUUCUUCCAGCGCCCAACGGACUACCCCUGCCUUUUAAUCCUGGACCCCCAAAAUGAGUUUGAGACGCUGCGCAAGCGGGUGGAGCAGACCACACUCAAGUCACAGACCGUGGCACGAAACCGCAGCGGGGUUACAAAUGUGAGCUCCCCUCUUAAAACGACACCGAAUUCUCUGAGCGAGUACGAAGUUCUGCCCAAUGGCUGUGAAGCUCACUGGGAAGUGGUGGAGCGAAUCCUGUUCAUCUACGCGAAGCUGAACCCCGGGAUAGCGUAUGUUCAGGGGAUGAAUGAAAUCGUGGGGCCUCUUUAUUACACCUUUGCUACAGAUCCUAACAGUGAAUGGAAAGAACAUGCUGAAGCAGACACGUUUUUCUGCUUUACCAACCUAAUGGCCGAAAUUCGGGACAACUUCAUUAAGAGCCUUGAUGAUUCUCAGUGUGGUAUCACCUACAAAAUGGAGAAGGUCUACUCUACCCUGAAGGAAAAAGAUGUGGAGCUGUAUUUGAAACUGCAAGAACAGAACAUCAAACCCCAGUUCUUUGCCUUCCGCUGGCUGACGCUGCUCUUGUCCCAAGAGUUCCUACUGCCAGACGUCAUCCGUAUCUGGGACUCCCUCUUUGCUGAUGAUAAGCGCUUUGAUUUUCUUCUGCUCGUCUGUUGUGCCAUGUUGACACUAAUCCGGGAUCAGUUGCUGGAAGGAGACUUCACUCUGAACAUGAGGCUGCUACAGGAUUAUCCUAUCUCUGAUGUUCAUCUGAUUUUGAAGAAGGCAAAGGAACUUCAAGAUUCCAAAUAGUCCAUGAGCCUAACAAAAGGUGUCAGAGAAACUGUAUGGCAGCGGAUCCCAGGAGAUGCCCCCAUGCAGUGUGGUGCAUUAAAGUUCCUAGUGGUCUCUGCAGGACUUCAGGUUUCACGUUUGGGCUACUGGCCACAUCGAAGACUUCCUUCUACUCUAUUUAUUAGGUCAAGGACUGAUUACUUCCCCAUCUACUUGGGUCCUGCACUCCAGAUUUUUUUCAAAUCUCAAAUGCCUCUGUGCUGCUAAAAGCAGUUCUUUGUAUCUUUUUUUAAUGACUCUAAGUUUAGGGGGAAAGAAACCAUCUGGCUGCAUAUCCCUGAAGGGAUGUACUCCUGUACCAUGGAAGUAACACAUGGCGUAACUUCUGAUGGGGAAGGGAC